CUCGUUCCAAGAUGGCGCUGCGCACAGUCUGCUCCGCUGCCCUGCGGACCGGGACAGAUUUAGGGGUCAACAAUGUGAGGACGUUUGUAACAACAGCGGCCCUCUGCAAACGGACCCCUCCUCUGGGUCCCAUGCCUAAUGACGUGAUCGACCUCAAGAAACUGGAGUCGGUGGAGAGGUACCGCAGCUACACUCGUUACCUGAGACGAGCUGAGGAGGCCAAGAACCAGCCGGCAUGGUGGAAGACCUACAGGGGCUACAUGGAGCAGGCUGAUCCGGAUCAUGGUGGAGAGCAGGUGGACAUCGGGCUGCCGCGCUACAGACCCCGCAGGACCACCGAGGUGAGGGAGCGACGGCAGGUGAUAAAGGCAAAUAAGAAGAACGCUGAGCUGGAGAGGAGCACACGUCUGCGCACAUUUAAGAUCCCUCUGGACCGGGUGCAGGAGACCUGGGAGCAGAGCAGUGCUCCGUUUCAUAUAAAGAGACUGGCAGAGCACUACGGAGUCUUCAAAGACCUCUUCCCCCAGGCCUACUUCCUCCCCCAGGUGUUACUCCGUGUCAACUACGGCCAGGACAACAACAGUGGCCAAGUGUAUUAUGGGAAUAGACUGACACCAACUCAAGCAGCUUCAGCCCCUCAGAUCAGCUUUGAUGCGGAGGAGGGCUCCCUGUGGACCCUCCUGCUCACCUGUCCAGAUGAGCAUCUUCAGGACAACGAGGCAGAGUACGUCCACUGGCUGGUGGGGAACAUCCCAGGUGGAUCGGUCCAGGCUGGAGACGAGCUGUGUCACUACCUGCCCCCCUUCCCUCCCAGAGGAACAGGCUUCCACCGCUACGUUUACAUCCUCUUCAAGCAGCAGGGGCCAGUCAGCUUCCAAGACGACGUCAGGUCGUCGCCAUGCCUCUCUCUGGAGCACCGUACCUUUAAGACGGUGGAUUUCUAUAGGAAGCAUCAGGAUGACAUCACACCUGCAGGUCUCGCCUUCUUCCAGAGCCAGUGGGAUGAGUCCGUCACCGACACCUUCCACAACACACUUGACAUGAGGGAGCCGGUCUUUGAGUUCAUCCGGCCUCCGGUCUACCACCCCCCCCAGGUCAAAUACCCCCAUCGACAGCCGCUGCGUUACCUGGACAGAUACAGAGACGGACAGGAGCACACCUACGGAAUAUACUGAUCACGUGACACACACCUGAGAACACCUGUUCAUACAUGUAGAAUUAUGUCUGACAUAUUUAUGGUAUAAUGAUGAUAAUAAAGUCUUUUCCAGCUGUGA